ACAUUUACCCACUAAUAUGGAAACUUAGUGGGACCUUGAACCUCUAAACUGCAUCCCUAGGGAGUCCAGAAAUAAGUUUACAGGCUUGGUGUGGCACUGUUUCCUUUUCUUUUUACUGCUCACAAGAGAGAGACACAAUAGAUUUGUGAGUUUUGUAACUAAAAUGAUGAAACCAAGCUUUAGGAAGUAGAUGGAGUUUCGGAUGAUACUUAUCUGACAUGUUGAAGAGGAAACAUCAGCUGUGGAGGAUGGUCUACACGAGAUAGCCUUCACGGUCUUUUUCAGCAGACCCUAAGAAUGAGGUCCUAGAAAUGUAGCCGAGACGUCUUGGACUAAGGUGUCAGACUUUCGCUCAGGCUCCUGAGGUCUUCGCCUGUCUGCUCACUUGGUUGCAUUUUAGAACAGACUGAAAAGCUGAGGAUGUUUCUUUUUGCAAAGAGCUGGUAAAAGACUUAAAGUUGCUUUUUGAAAUGACGCACAAGGAUUCUCGAAUCCACAGGAGGAAUUCACUCUUUAAUUGUGGCUCAACUCGGAGACGACACUCAUGCAUUGGUUUCGAUGUGGAAAAUGGGUUGUCAAUCGGGCGCAGUCCAUUGGACCCCAGUCCGAGCUCAGGACUGGUUCUCCAGGCCAACAGCCAGAGGCGAGAGUCUUUCCUUUACCGCUCAGACUCGGAUUUCGAUCUCUCGCCCAAGACGAUGUCCAGAAACUCCUCGACGGCCAGCGAGCUUCAUGGAGAGGACAUGAUUGUAACGCCAUUUGCUCAGGUUCUUGCCAGUCUGCGAACAGUAAGGGGUAACGUUGCAGGUUUAACCCACUCGCAAGACAGAAGCAACAAGAGACUGUCAGGCGCUAACCCUCAGUCUGCCUGUAAAACAAACCUGUCUGAUGAAGCAUAUCAGAAACUUGCUGUCGAGACCCUUGAAGAGCUGGAUUGGUGUUUGGACCAGCUGGAGACCCUUCAAACACGGCACUCUGUCAGCGAAAUGGCCUCCAAUAAGUUUAAAAGAAUGCUCAACAGGGAACUAACCCAGCUGUCAGAAACCAGCCGGUCAGGAAACCAAGUGUCGGAGUUCAUAGCAAGCACAAUUUUACAAAAACAGCAUGAUGUGGAGAUUUUGUCAGCAGCAUGUAAGGAGGAGAAAAAACGUCGCCCGAUGUCUCAGAUAAGUGGAGUGAGGAAACUGAUCCCCAGUCCGAGUCUCCCUCCAACAUGCAUCCCUCGGUUUGGUGUCAAAACACAACAUGAGAGCCGCCUGGCCGAGGAGCUUGACGACAUCAAUCGAUGGGGAAUAGAUAUUUUUAAAAUAGCAGAGUAUUCUGGGAAUCGGCCACUGACAGUCAUAAUGUACACCAUUUUUCAGGAACGAGAUUUGCUCAAGACCUUUAAGAUCCCAUCGGACACCUUCUUAACUUUCCUCAUGACUUUGGAGGAUCACUACCACGCGGACGUGGCCUACCAUAACAAUAUCCACGCAGCAGAUGUUGUACAGUCCACACACGUUCUUCUCUCCACUCCUGCCCUAGAGGAUGUGUUCACAGACCUUGAGAUCAUGGCUGCUCUGUUUGCGAGUGCUAUUCAUGAUGUUGACCAUCCAGGAUUGACUAACCAGUUCCUCAUUAACACAAACUCUGAGCUCGCUCUCAUGUACAAUGACGCCUCAGUGUUGGAGAACCAUCACUUGGCUGUGGGCUUCAAGCUUCUCCAGGAGGACAACUGUGAUAUCUUCUGCAAUCUCAGCAAGAAACAGCGACAGUCCCUACGACAGAUGACCAUAGACAUGGUAUUAGCCACUGAUAUGUCCAAACACAUGAAUUUCCUGGCUGACCUGAAGACAAUGGUGGAAACGAAAAAAGUGACCAGUCUGGGAGUCUUGCUGCUGGACAACUACUCCGACCGAAUACAGGUGCUUCAGAAUAUGGUUCACUGCGCAGACCUCAGCAACCCCACGAAACCCCUGGAGCUCUACAGACAGUGGACAGACCGCAUCAUGGUGGAGCUCUUCAGACAGGGGGACCGUGAGCGGGACAAGGGCAUAGAAAUCAGCCCCAUGUGCGACAAACACACAGCUUCUGUGGAAAAGUCUCAGGUGGGAUUUAUCGAUUACAUUGUCCAUCCUCUAUGGGAGACAUGGGGUGAUCUGGUCCAUCCCGAUGCUCAGGACAUUCUAGAUACAUUGGAGGACAAUCGCGAAUGGUACCAGAGCAUGAUCCCACGCAGCCCAUCGCCCACCCCUGAAGAGCAGGACUCUCGGGCCACGCUGGGCAUCGCAGGCUCGGCCGGGGAAAAGUUCCAGUUUGAGCUGACUCUUGAGGAAGAGGACGGAGAGCUAGAGGCUGAAGAAGAGCACAUAGAUAAAGACCAAUCAAGGACUAUGAUGGACCCCAGGCAUGUGCAGACGUCCCCUCGUGGAGUCGGUCCUGUUUUAGACAGCAGCGAAAGAGAACUGGACCAAGAAAUGACCAGCGUAUCCAUCAUGCAGUUGGAAACUUAACAAGGCCCAGUACUAACAGUGCUGCUUCACUUGUGUUUUUAUUAGUUGCACCAAUA